AUGAAUAAUGAGGAUCAAGGACCAAGUAAAACUGCAAAGACAUCAGAGAAAAACACUAAAGAGCCAAAAGAGGAUAAUCUGAAACACUUACACAAGAAUGGUCGCCACUAUGUGCGUUGUAAGACAUGCUUUUCGAACCCCAAUGUCGUCAAGAUUUUCAGCAGGAAAGCUAAACUUCCAGCGAUUGCUCAAGGACCGGGGACUAUAUACCGUAAAAGCGUCGUUUCCGACCAUCUGAACAGCGAAAUUCAUCGCGAAGCAAAAAAGACAAAGAGAUUGUUGUCUUUGAAAGGACCGGAAAAGCUUCAUAUGACGUCAUUGACACCAAUUGGAAGGGCAUUAUCGAUCGCAGAUGCACAAUUGGCUGCGAAAGUUGCUAGCUUAUUUUUUCACGUUUACCAUGGUGCUAAGAGACUUACUUUGUCUGCCAAUUCUUUCCCUUCACGUGUGGUUGUAAGCCGAAUAGCAAAUGCGUUUUCUUUUGAUUAUUGGAGUAUAAACGACAUGCCUAAUGAUCUCCAAUACCUUUCACCAAACGCACACAGCGAAUUCCUCAAAUGCAUUGUAAAGAUAGAUAGAAAUUCACUUGCUUCAAAGAUGUCAAACUCGUUGGCCAUCUCCUUAAGAUGUGACGGAUCGGUUGAUAGAACGCAGAUAGAUAAGAUAUAUUUAAUGGCUAAGGCCAUAUCUAGAGACGGAAAAGAAAACAAUAUCUUUCUCGGCGCGGGAGAGCCAAAAGAAAGAGGAGCAGUUGGGGUUCACAAGGCUAUGCUUUCGGCAUGUUCAGCAACCCUUGGCGAAAAUACCGAAGGUGAAGAAGAAGCUUUGUUGACUCAAAGCAAGAAAGUGUUUCAACGUGCUUCUUCUUUUGUUACUGAUGGUGCAUCAGUAAAUACUGGAGAAAAAAAUGGUCUUUGGGCUUUGAUUGAUCGUGAUUUCAACCUUCCUUUGGGCGAUGAAGGACCAACACCGAUGAUAAAAAUUUGGUGCGCUGCUCAUCGUUCGCAGCUGGCCUGGAAAUCUGUCACCAAUUCAAUUCAGGAAGUAAGCCAUUUAAUUCAGCAGCUUUCAAGCAUAUCCACAUUUUUCCAUGCAUCUGGCAUCCGGACACGUGAACUUAUUGAUGCUGCAAAUGCUGAGGGCUGCUGCGUGUUAUCAUUACCUCGUGUCUUCGAAGUUCGUUGGACAGAAUUCACAUCGUCGUUAAUAGAAGUGGUCUUGAGACCUUGGCGUGCUCUUGUUACCUAUUUCAAAAAAAGUAAUGAGAAAGAAGCUGCAGGUUUCUUGUCUUUUUUAACCAAAAAAAACAAUCUUGACCUGCUGACCUUCAUUGCAGAUUUGCUUUCUGUAUUUUCACGAUACCAGCAACAACUACAAUCGGACUCUUCAACACUAAUUGACAUGGACAGAUCCACAUCCAAUGUGAAGGCAAAGGUGUUAGGAUUAAAAGAAACGGCUCUCCUCGGUGGAUGGGUUGAAGCUCUAAGCGAGCAAGUUUCAGAGGAAGAAGAUGGCACCGUUUCUUUAAAGGGAGUCGAAUUAAGCAGUUGA